AUGGUCAAACGACAAGCGGCAACAACAACUUCCAGAGUCGCUGAUCCCGCUUGCACCAACGGGCCUCUCAGCAGGUCAUGUUGGGCUCCUGGGUUUUCGAUCGCCACCGACUUUGACGCAAAAUGGCCUGAUACGGGAAAGACGGUCACGGCAUCUCUCGAAAUUACCAAUACCACAUGUAACCCGGACGGUCACGGGGAUCGGGUGUGUUUGCUUUUCAACAACCAAUAUCCUGGACCAACCAUUGUUGCCAACUGGGGUGAUACUAUUUCGGUCACGGUCAAAAACUCGAUGCAGUCCAACGGCACUGGCGUACACUGGCACGGUGUGCGUCAGCUAAACACCAACGGCUAUGACGGCGUAGGUGGCAUCACUGAAUGCCCUUUGGCACCCGGUGACACAAAGACGUACACUUUCAAGGCAACCCAGUUUGGCACCAGUUGGUUCCACUCUCACUUCAGCACGCAGUAUGGCGAUGGUGCCGUCGGUCAGCUGAUCAUCAACGGUCCUGCCUCGGCUAACUAUGAUUACGAUCUUGGAGCCUACCCCAUCACUGACUGGUACUACAACACUGCUUUCCAGAUCGAAGACGCCUUCAAUGCUGCCCUCCAGAGAGGUGGACCCGGCCCGGGAGGCGACAAUAUUCUCGUCAACGGCACGGCCAAGAGCUCGAGCGGCGGAAAAUAUAGCUCCGUCCAGAUGACCAAGGGAAAGAAGUACCGUCUGCGGCUGAUCAACACAUCCGUCGACAACAACAUCUACGUCUCGUUGGACAACCAUCCCUUUAAUGUGAUUAACAAUGACUUCGUCAGCGUCGUUCCCUUUACUACCAACUGGCUGCUCAUGGCCGUCGGGCAGCGCUACGACGUUAUUAUCACCGCCAACCAGACUGUUGGCAACUACUGGUUUCGUGCUGAAGUAGCAACGGGAUGUGCGAGUGCGAAUAACGGCUAUGGUCGAGGAAUCUUUAGUUACUCUGGCGCACCAUCAGGAGACCCUACUAGUACGGGAGGUUCCCAGCCUGGCGAUUGUAAUGAGCCUUUACCGACACCGUUUGCACCAAACAACGUGCCGAGUGAUACGUUCCUCGACCAAGUCAAAUCACUCGACGUGGACUUAACCGUCGCCAACGUCACGACUAACAAUAAAAACGUAGUAUUCUGGGGGGUCAAUCUUACAGCUAUUGACAUUGCUUGGGAACAGCCUACGUUGCAGUUAGUCGCUGACGGGAAGAGCGAUUUUCCCCAGACCUACAACCUUAUCGAGAUCCCACAACAAGGCAUCUGGACAUACUGGAUUAUUCAAGAGGUCCAAGGAGGGAAGGCGAAUAUCCCUCAUCCUAUACACUUGCACGGGCAUGAUUUCCUGGUGCUCGCAAAAUCGGGUGGACAAUUCGACGUAAACAGUAGUCCCUCUACGUUUCGCUGGACCAAUCCGACGCGAAGAGACGUCAUCCUGUUGCCCGCUGGCGGGUGGGUGGCCAUAGCAUUCAUCACGGACAACCCGGGUGCGUGGCUGAUGCACUGCCACAUUUCUUGGCACAUCAGCGAAGGUCUCGGUGUACAGUUUUUAGAGAGCAAAUCCUCAAUCAGCCUCCCCGGGGACUUCCAAUCCACCUGUAACAAGUGGGAUGAUUACACCAAGAGCAGCAGCAAUGUGUGGCCAAAGCAAGAUAGUGGCCUUUGA